AUCAGUAUUAAAUAUUUCCUUCGAUCUAACGUCUUGUACAAAUUAAAUAGAUAUGUUCCUUUCCAUAAUCGAUCGACCGAUUGAUAAGUGAGACGACGUCUAAUGCACUGUAAAUAUACGAGACGAACGAGAAAGCCUGCGAGUUCUGCGAACAAAAAUUCCACUUCGUAACAAGAUUGGUAGCUCAUCUAAGGAUCGUUCAUGGGAUUCAUCGGCCAUUCAAAUGUAUGAUCUGUGGGAAAAACUAUCCUCAACAAUUCAUGCUAAAUGCUCAUGUAAAAAAAUGUCACACGCCAAAAACCGUGCCAUGUACGCAAUGUACCUUUAUGGGGGUUGAUACGAGCGACGUGGAGAGACACAAAAAGCGUCAUCAUCGAGAAGAAAAGUUUACCUGUGAGAUAUGUAGCGAAAUAUUUACCGAGAAAGUUGCACUCACCGCUCAUACGACUAUGCACAAUUUUAUGGAGUAUCAUCAGUGUAACGCAUGCGGUGGAACAUUUAACGACGUUUACAGUUUAAAAGAACACAAUCGUUUGUACCAUUAUGAUCCUAGCAGUGUGAUGACGGACGACAAACUCUUACAAUCGGAGCGUCAAAGUUCGGAACACAAAUGUGAUAUUUGUGGAAAAAUUUACAAAUACAAAUCUGUAUUAAAACAGCACAAAGUGAAAGCCCACGGUGAUUCGUCGAAUUACGAGAGACGUCGAUAUCUUUGUGCUCUGUGCGGCAAGGAAUUAAAAACAGCAAAGGGUCUCGAAAUUCAUAACAGAUCGCACACAGGUGAGAAACCAUACACUUGUGAAAUUUGCGGCAAGUGUUUCGCUUGUGAAACUCUUUUAAGGACUCACAAUGUCACACACACGGGAGAAAGAAAAUAUUCGUGUGAUCAGUGUGGGAAAGCAUUUACACAAAGAUCCACACUUGUCGUUCAUAAAAGAUAUCACACGGGUGAGAGGCCCUACGUGUGUUCUCAAUGUGGUAAAGGUUUUGUUACUAGAACGGUUUUGAAUACUCAUAUGAAAUCGUGUCGAUAAAAAGUUAUACUCUUGUUGUGAUAUAAGAAAAUCGGACUCUUCGACUUACACUUCCAUGUUUAUCGAUUUUUAUAUCUACAUUUACACUUGUAAGAUUAAUUUUGAUAUGAUAAUAUAAAAGUUCUUCCCAGGUGGAAUCGAACGAUCGAACAACGUCCAUUAAUAUAAAAU